AUGAAUCCAUUAAGAGUAAACGACUUGCUACAGCUGAAAUUUAGCACUAAUUCAGCUAUAGGAGGGCACACUCUUAUUGGAAAGAUAAUAAUUGUGGAAGAUGAAAACGAUGAAUAUGCUAGAGGAUCAGUUUUGCUGCAAGAUCCAAGCACUAGCGGAAUCAUUGCUUGCAAUGUUGAUCGUUGUCUUCCUCACUUAAACAAUGCUGUUGUUCAGAUCACUGAGUGGACUUAUAUUUAUCAUGAAUCAAGUGGAAUUCAAUAUCUGGAAUUUAUGUUGGAUCGAAUCUAUAGAAAUUUAACAACUGUACUUGACAAAAACCGCAACAAUAGUGCCCUAUCUGUGUUCAGGGAACAUUUGGAAUUUGAUAAUUAUAACUUUGAGAGUGCACUCACUUUCGGCCUUCCAUAUUAUACACCUUCUACAAUAAUAAAUGUUACUGAAUUAAUAGAGGAGCGGGCGCACAUAAAUAUAUCAGGGGUGAUUGAGGCGAAGUCGGCCUUAUAUACGAGAUCAGCAUCAGAUGCUUUUUUUUUCGUACAGAUUACAGACAUCGCAGACAGGUUUGUGUCCGAUGAAAAAAAGGGAGAAACGGCAGCAACCACAACAGCAAAGAAACCUAUAGUGACAAUCCUUUUUCAAGGGAACCAUUUGAUCAAAUACUAUCAUUCCUUCACAGUCGGAUGGGCGUAUAGUUAUCAAAAGUUACUAAAGGACAAAGAAACUUUAUCAUUCGUUGAAUACCAGUCAUCCAGUCAUCAUAUUACUCUUAAACAAUUUGCGAAUUUAUCUCUAUUAUCAUCACACUUACCUCCUGCAGUAUCCGCUUCUCAGCAGUUAUUAUCAAGUGAAGUACCGACAAUAAAACAGCCAUUGGACAUUUUCUAUGUAUCGGCAGACAGUAACAUUAGCGCGAAAAGUAUUUACACAAUUACUCGUGUUAUUGAUAGUACGUUUGGCAUAUACGAACUAAAUAACAAAUACACAUUGUGCUUGUUCCACCAUUCAAAUUAUCAGCGCGCAAGACCUUAUCGAUGUCAAACACGCAUUCGGCUACAUUAUAUACAUUUAGUAUCAGUUGAACCAAAGAACAACGAAACUAGUUCCCUUCUCGAUAUAUUUUGGAAGGUACCCUCUCAACGUAUGGGUAGAACAGACAAUGGUACAACUGGUAAAGAAAAGACAGCAAAGAAUUACAUUUUUAUAGUAGCUUGUAUGAACAGCAAUGUAGAAAUCGUUUCUUUUCCCAACCACUGUGAAUAUGCUGAGUUCAAUUAUAAGUUAGUUGAUGAGGGACUAGAUGAUGAAAGAGAAGACUCUGAUUCACAAAUGGAUAGCUCACCACGCAGCAGUAGCGCUGAAUGCCAGUUGGAAAAGCGCAUUAAAGAGCAGAUAUUUAUGCACUGUUCAGGAACUGCAACUAUAAAUGAACUCAUAUUUCAUUUGGAACUAUAUGCAACACUUUGUACUAGAUUUCUUCAUCCUGAGCAUUUUACUGUUGAUGAUGUCGAAAAAAUAUGCGAUGAAUUUAUGUAUAAUUACACAGCCAUAUGUAAAGCAUUGUACAGAAAAAUCGAUACAAACUUUGUCCAAAACCUGCUGCGUCAUGAGCCUUGUCCUGUCAUAGCCGCUGAAAGAGUGGAUGAUAGUGCUAGACUCGACAUUUUUGGUGCUAGCAAUUCGAUAUUUCAUCUUGUCCUUGAUACUUAUCCUUCUUUGGAGACUAUUUAUGACAGACUCUACGCCAGUUUGGAAAAGCAUAAUGUACAACUAAUGGGCAGUAACACUCUGUUCGAAGCAGCAGAUGUUGAAACAAAACGAGCGACAUUUAAUGAAAAGACAGCAGGAUACCACAUCUUGGGCAAAUUGCAUAUGCAGGAGGAUGGCAGACUGUAUCUGUUGGAUAACACAAUGAGUGUUUUGUUAGUUGUGUCCUUUUUAAGCACAGUUGACGCUGCUGCUCAUAGCGUGACUUAUUUGGAUGGUUUCUGUAUCAUUCAUCAGUUGCAAUUUUUUGAAGAAGACCUUUCAUACGUCCGGUACGAUAAAGAAAAUGAGGGAGUGGAUGGUUUAUUUCUACGACCACCAUUAUGGCAUAGAUACAUUGCUUGCAUCAAAUCACACAUUCAACUAUUGGGUGACAGUGAAGAAAGGAAAAUAGCUCCUUUCCAGUUCAAAAUAAGCCCCCGAAUAUUACAAAAUGAUAUAAUUGGGGGAUUUAGGGUUAUACAAGCAACCAACGAAGUGAAGCAGUUUCUGAUAAAGAAUGAAGACAGUCAAGUUGUUGUGGUGCGCGUUAUCAUUCAGCAACCAAUUAAGGCUCAUGUUCAUUCAGAAGAUAUACCGUGCUUGGAAAGUCGCAUCAUCGUCAGAAUAUAUGCUGUCGAAUUCAGUUGGUUAAAGGAAAGUUAUAUCAGUCGCACCAGGAAAUUUGCAAGGAAGCUGAGAAAUGUUGAUCAACACGCUCUAGUAUUAUCUGCAAAGUGCGGGUCAUUGAAAUACAGCAAGAUGAUGAUACCCAACAGUUUUUGGGCUAUUUAUAAUUUGAAUAGCGAUAGUGAGAUUGAAGGGUCUUUCACCUUAGAUGCACAGAAACACAUAAUAUGUCCUGUAACUUUCUUGCCAAACGCAAGUCAAGCUGAGCGCAAGCCUUUGAUGCAACUGUUCCCACAGUUCACGCCCACGUUGCCUAAUACAAAUCAGUUACUGACUCAUAUCUACAAUAUUAGCGACAUUCUUCAAGAAGAGAAGCUGCCAGAUAAGUUGGCUGCAAGGUUGGGAAAAAAUUACAAGCAUUCUGUAAAUAUCCAAGGCAUCAUUAUAACAAAACGAUUGUUAGAUAACAGCAUUGAGAAGAAUAUUAUCAACGAUACCCAUGCUUUAAAGCUUUAUAAUGAAUAUGGCAUUACUAGCGGAAAAGGGUCUCGCCAAUUAUACCUACAAAUCAGACAACCGGAUACCCUCGAUAUUUUAGAUAUUUUCAUGGAAUUAACAUCGGUUCGAUACCCUUCAGGACUUGUGGUGGGCUCGUACGUUAGGAUUUUCAAUCUAGCUCGUAAAAUUAAGACAUCCAAUACAAAACUUAUAUAUGGAAAGGCAGAUUCGUCAACUUAUAUCAGCAUUAUUUCAUUUGAUCCAUUGCAAACAGAACAACAGCAUCUACUGAUUCAUAACACGAUCAAUACCGAAAAGGUGGUUGAAUUACCAGUUAAACAACUCUCAUCAAUAUAUUAUGACAUGUUCAGAGAAAAAGAGCUGGACGAAACAAAUAUUUUUCGAAUUUACGGCAGUGUCAAAAAAGUCUGGAAACUGGAGUCAACUUGGCAAUGUCGCCAUUGUGGUACGAAAGUACUCGAUGAUGAAUGCAUGGGUUCUUGCAAAACUGCUGCAAAAGUGUAUUCUAUCAAGCUCAAAGUAGAAAUAUCAGACGGCACAGGCUCUGCUCGGGCAUAUGUUGAUGGAGAACGCCUUGCCACUUGUCUUUUACAACUUUCUCCUAAGCAUUUAAAUGCAUUGAAGCAAGCGACAGCAAAACAAGGGGAUAUCGUUUAUGAUCAAGACAGCCAUGAGACGUACACAGAGCGUAUAGGUGCUGCUGUUGGCUACAAUGGUUUUACACUGCAAAGCCUUUGCUACCGUGCACAGCUAGUAGGGAAAGUGCAUAUGUUCGUCAAGAUCGUAGCUGGAAAGAAGGAGAACAAUGAUGAUAUGAAUCGUAGUCAGCAAACAAUAUUAGAAAAAUUGGGGCUAAAAAAGCGAGUAAUUGUAAAGGACAAAGGGGCAAUGAGCACGUUGUUCAUGGUGAAAAAACUUAUACUCAAGACAGUUGAUAUUCAAACUCAUGAUGAAUAUGUCAAAAAAUAUCAAUAUAGCCAUUGUUAG